AUGCCCUCGACGGCCGCGACGCAGAUCGUCAGCCGCGGUGGCUCCCCCACGCCGCCACUUACCACCGACGUCGACAUCCGCGGUCCGUUCCUGCUCUACGGCCCAUCGGGUCGCCUGCUGAGUCGCUACGAACCCUCCGACCUCUGGGGGUUGCUCAUUUCUGAGCACACAACGCUGAAGUGCACGUAUGCCCAGACGACAGUGCGGGUGGGCCGGGCUGGCGGGUGCGAUACCGUCUUGAGCGACCCGCGGGUGAGCAGCACGCACUUCACCAUCUCGCUAGAGCUGGAACCUUAUGGAAACAGCGAUCAUAGAAACCACCGGCGUGGCGGCGGCGACCAUGAGACACCUUGGCUGCUGCGUCGCUCACCAAAAGGCAGCCCUGCCCAUACUCGAGGCAUACACGCAGACGCGAACGACGAUGUCGCCUCUGGCGCGGACGUCCCGGGAAGCGCCGUCCCCGGUGGCUUGGCAUCAUCGUCGUCUCUGUCCAGUCCCGCCGCUGCCGGGAAGGGCCUGAACAAGGACGGCCGAUCCGAUGCAAGAGCCCUUUCUGGGACGACGCUGCCUGGUUGGCGAGUGAGUCGUGUAUCGCUCACCGACUGCAGCGCUAACGGCACCUAUGUCAACGGCGUGCUCGUCGGUCGCGGGAAGUGCUGUGAUCUGCACUACGGCGACGACAUCAGUAUUGUGCGGGUGCCGGAAAAGAAGCGUCCGCGUCGCGGCUCCGCCACACCGACAGACCUGUCCAGCGAGGAGGACGAAACACAACAGGAGUCGGAGAAGGAAGUUGCGUGCUUUUCCCAGGGCGAACGUGGUGCAAAGCUGCCGCGCGGAACCGCGGCAGCGCCGUUAUCUUCCGCCCAGCACGUCGCUCCAUCGUCGCUGGACGCGCUCGCCGGCGGUGGCGCUGCACGCAUGGGAACUGAGGCGAACGAAGAAGGCAACUCGCCAAGCGGCGACGACCUCCGCGUAACGCAGAUGUUCACAGCGCUCCUCUCCACGCUCUCGACGGAGCACACGUAUGUGGAGCGCUUUUGCUUCCACCUUUACCAUGCCGAGGAGGUUGGGCGAGGCGGCGUGCCCAUCAUCGAGCCCGACACGGUUGUCGCCUCUCAGAGGGCGGCGGCGGGGGAAGUGGAAGCAGAAGCGGAAAGACAAGGGGAGGACGACAAGGAGCAGAACAAGUAUGACGAUGUGCUGCGGCAGCCGCAACCCGAGCUGAAGCACAACUUGUCGCAACACAAGUCGGUGCGCUUCCCUCAUGACCCAGUUAUGGUUUUCGACCCGCCACCCGAAAACGCCGACGGCGACGCCGUGGAUUCACCGCCAGCCUCGCUCUCUACACUUCAGCAUCGUGACCGACACGCCUCCCUGUCCACGUCUCCGAUUUCUCCUUGUGCCCCGGUACCGGAUGACACCGCCGCCAGCGCUGCCUUCGCUCCGCAGAGCAGCGCGCUCUCGCGCGCCUCCAGCGCGAACUCGUUGAGGACACUCUCUGCAGUAGUUACCCCGCACUCCCUUCUCCGGCCACGUCCGUCCAUCCAGGAGAGCUUCAUCGCCCCGAUCAACCCUCCCGACACCGAGGAAUCGACGGCGCCGUCGAAUGGAGCCGUGCAUGGCUCCGCCAUGGCCUCCACCCCGGCAAUUCGCUUUCACGAGAGCAUCGGCAUUAGCCCUGCGCUGCAGCGUGAGGCGGCUGCGCAGCGCGCGCUUGCCGCACGCCGCGGGAGCAGUACCGCGAGCAAUCAGACUAGCGGCAGCCUCGGUACCGUUGGGGCAAUUACGAAAGACAUGCCACCGGAUAUUCCCAUCCGCUAUGCAGUACUGCCACUGCGCCACCUGCAGUGGGGUGGCCGCAUCGGCUUCGGCGCGAGCGGGGAUGUAUUCAUGGGUAUCGACGUGUCGACAGCGACCGUGGUCGCCAUCAAAGUGCUGAAAGGCAGCUCACUUUUUCAGUCCUCGCAGCCUGCCGACACGGCGGUGGCUAAAGCACACAGCAAAACCACCUCAGGAAGGCCAGCAGUGCCGUCUGUGCAGGACGACGGUACGAUCCUCAACUUGUCAAACAUCAGCCUGGGAAACGGCGCAGUCGCGGAUCCCCGCGCAGCGUCAGAAGGCUGGACCUGUGCUUCUCACGCCUUGGCCUCCCCCAUGACGCUGUCGUCGCACUGUGCCACCUCACUGCAGGUGAACCACGCAAACGAGGAGUCGAUACAGAUUAGCGAGGCCUCCACCCCGCUGACGCCGGCAUCCGCAGUGACUUCGUCAUCAGCCUCCGCGCACGGGAACACCUCCGCAGCGCUGGUAAACAUGUCGUCUACCCCUCAUUGCCACACGCAGGUUCAGCAGCAGCAGCCACCUCGGCCGCAGUCGCAAGACGAGCACUCUGCCUCACCACUUCUCCGCAAGCACUUGCGAGAGAUUAUCUUUCUGACGACGCUGCAGCACCGCCGCAUCGUGCGCUUCCUCGGCUUCCAGUUCAGCGGCGAGGGUCGUCUGUGUCUUCUCAUGGAGUACGUGGCGGGUGGGACCUUGCAGACGCUGGUCAAGAACUUCGGCGUGUUUGAGGAGAACGUGAUUCGCCUGUACACGCUGCAGAUCCUAGAAGGUUUGGAGUACCUGAAGCGCAAGGGUGUUGUACACGGUGACUUAAAGAGCGCGAACAUCCUCGUGUCGGAGCAGAGCAGCGUGAAGCUGACCGACUUUGGCACGAGUCGCUUCUUGCGCGUGUGUGCAGCAGAGGAAAAGGGAGCCGGGGAAGCGGCUGGGGCAGACGAUGAGCGGCCGGGAGCUGAAGUACGUCGCGCUCGUCGCCGGGGUGAGUCUCGCGAGAUCCGCCACGCGCCUGCAGAUCGAGCGCACAAGCGCUAUCAUCACGCCAGCUCUCCUGGCGCCGAUGCCGCGGUGGAAGAAGAUAGCAGAGGAGAGGACAUCGGCGUCGGCAACGCUGAAGGGUGCGGGGACUGCUGUCGCGGCGGCAGCGACGAGGACGCAUACUCGGAUGACAUCCACAGCGCCGAGGGCACCUUCGAGGAGGACGAGGAGAGAGAGGACCUCAACGAGGACGUCGGUCCGGAGCGUCGCUUGCUCUGCGGCACGCCUCUCUACAUGAGUCCCGAGCUCAUCCGCACACAAGAGCCGACCUUCGCCUCCGAUAUGUGGGCCCUAGGAUGUGUGGUGUACGAGAUGGCGACCGGUGGCGUUUUACCGUGGCGGCCGGUGCACAACCUGAGUGCGCCGGCAGUUAUUUGGUACAUUGGGCAGCGAGGCGAAGAGGGCGACGGACCCUCCAUGGAUGACGUUUACACGGAGCGAGACCGUCUGAACCGCGCCAGUACCGACCCGUCGCUUCAUGAGUCAGUGGAUGACUCGUACGACGAAGGCGGAGGGCGCCGCGGCCACAGCAGCAGAGGCGGCAGCGGGGGUCGCUGGGAUCGCACUCCAUCCCCUAUGCUGUUGGACCUCCUGCAGUCUACGUUGAACAUGAACCCAGCACUGCGCCCCACCCCAGUGGAGCUGCUUCAGCAUCCCUUUAUCCGCAAUGAAACCUCUAAUGCGGCGCUCGAACGCUGGCACGCCUUGGUGGCAGCGAACCGUCGUCCCGCACCCCACGCGCUGAAGCAGCACGGCGAGAAAGGCGAGGAGUUGAUGUCACAUCUCAAGCUGAAGGCUGAGCCUGUCGCGGAUACCAAGAGUACGCUGAGGUCGGUGCGUGGCAGCGCAGGCAGCGCUUCAAGAGACGGCUCACGGCACGUUCGCGCCUCGCUCUCCCCCGCACGCACGUCACCCUCGCCACAGGCGAUUCACGUGGAAGAGCUGAACGACAACGCCCCCGCCAAGCUAGGCGGCGAGAAUUCACCGGGCACGGGAUCGAAGCCGCAGCAUCCUUCGCUGCACCCCCCGCCCCCGCUAGGAGAGCCAAUGACGUCACCGUCGAUGAACCUUCUGGGAGACCCCUGGGAAGAUGUGAAGCCGUCUUCCGUGUUGCCGCUUCCGCCACCGGCCAGCCAGCCGAAGCCGCAGGUGCCGAAGGCGCAUGCAGUGCAGGUCCCCUCGGUGCUUGGUGCAGGCAACCCCGACUCGCAGCCGCUCAUCUACGAGCCCCCGCGGCGGCCAGACAUACGUGGGCGUCGCAUGGAUGCGCCGCAGUCCGUGAUAGGUCGGACCGCCGCAGCCGUAGAAUGCUUCCCCAGCGCGCCGUACGGUGCGGCGUCCCUGCCGUGGUGGACCCCGCAGAGCUUCUCGGCGCCGACCAAGCUGCCCGUUUCUCGAUCUCGCCCCUCCACCGCGGCUGUUGUGGGUAUGCGACAGGCUGAACAGCAGGCGCCGUACACCAUGCCAGUGGCGCAGCAAAACGCGAGCAAGUCGUACCUGCGUCAGCAUCAGCUGUUCCUCAAGCAAAACGAGCUCGAGCGUCGUCGACUCUCGUUUUUAGUGCCGCAAGGCGGACGGCAAAUGCGCGGUCGCCACCGCACCGAGGGGCCGUCGAUACUACAGCAGCAGCAGCUGCUGCUGCCCGUGCCCAUGGCUCCCACUCCGGCGGCGGCUGGGAGAAUGCCCAUGUGCCCGCCUAGCUAUCAGUACGCGAUGCGGCAGCCCGUGCUGGAAUACACGCCUGGCUACAGCGACUACAAUCCCCAGGUGAACACGCAGACAGUGGAAAUGUGUCUGCCGCCGGGCUUCACAAGUCAGUCGCCCUCCGCCCCACACCAGCAGGGCAGACGGCAGAGUGGGAGCAGCGGCAGCAACAGGGUGGUGACGGGUGCGCAGCUGCAGAGCGUCGCCUCCAGCCAGCAGCCGCUGUCGCAGCAGCUGCGAGGAAACAAGCCGAAGCACAGCAGCCGGAGAGAACGCGCGCAAAACGCGCCGAUUACUGCGGCGGCGUCCAACGUCUCGCCUUCACUGCACCCCAAUACCCGCAGCCCCGUCAUAUCAAUGAGUCCCAGCCAUGUCAGGGGCCCUGCAGCGGCUGCCUCCACACACGCGAGCAGUGGCCCUGUACUCCCACACGCGUCACAGCAAUUUGCGCCGCCGCCGCCGCCGCAGCAGCAGCAGCAACUGUCCCUGCAGCCCCUGCACCCCGUUGUAGGGGGCUUGAUGAUGGAGCUGGACAACCUUACGAUAUCGUCCCCACUAUUGUCGAGCUUUGCUGCGUCGAUAGCACCCUUACCGGUGCAGGACCACAGAUACGUACUCAGCUACAGCAGUGCACCCAUGCCGGUGGAUCAGCCGGUCUCAAAAUCGCAACAAGCCCAGUGCCAAGGGCCCGUUCUUCCCCUUCCUUCGCAUCCGCACCACCGCCACACCGCACACGCGCAGUCGACGACGACAAGCAGCUUCGGUCCCGGCAGCGGAGAGGGUGGCGGCGCCGUCCAGCAGGCUUCGCCAGCCAAUACCGCUGAAGUGGAGGGAGCUGGAAACAGCGCUGCCCAACGGAACGCUCGACGUGGGAGGCAAGGUCACCGGAGCGCGUUCUCCUCUUCCAGUCUGCUUCUCCGGCAGAACCGCCUCCGAAACCCACGGCGCGCUUCUCCGCUACUGAGGCAGCAGCUACACCAGAUGACCUUGGCGCGUACUCGCACGUGUGUGGUGGAGCACAGCAACAGACAGGAGCAACAGCGAAUUCCGCCUUUGAACGAAGAAGUGCCAGCCGCACAACAGCAGGAAGAGCCGCGCAGCACGAAGCGACCGUGCGCGGCAAGGCCGAGUGGGCGGAGCUCGUCUACUCACACGGCGGGAAAGAAGCGGCGCAUUCGCACAUCGCUGCGUGUGUCCACCAGAGAGGCGAUUCGGCGUCGGCAACAGCGACGUUCGCAGAAGCAGCGAGAUCAGUCUCCAGAGGCCAACGCAAAACAGCAGUGA